UGAAGGGAUACACAUAUCACUAGGGAUAUGUUUACGGGGACACACAUAUCACGGGGAUACACAUAUCACUGUGACACCGGCAUAGCUGACGUUGUGCUAACAGGAGCGAAACGAAGUUUAAGGCCUUGAAUCCUUUCCACAUCUUUGUGUGUGCUUGACAAACUAUAAAGAAAUUUUCUACUUUGGGAACCACCUCCAACAUGACAGAAAAACCUUUUUUCUUAACUUGCUGCAAGAAGACAGCCGAACACCAUUCCGCAGGCUAGAAGGUAAACACUCAAACUAUCUUGCUGACGUCACUUGCGUUGCUUUGCUAUUUUCCCUGUUUCUCUGAAGCCUAAUAGGAUGUUUCUUUAAAGCGACUGAUGUCAUACUGCCUCGAAAAAGUCCGUUUCCUCAUUAGUGAUUAUGCCUUUAAAGGAAAAUAGAGAAGCAGGUUUCAAAGCUAGCCGUCGAUACAAUAGUUCAAUGUCCAUUACUCGAGCAAUUUUGCUUUGCAAGCACAUUCCAUUCGCUUCGAGAAUGAUGUGCUCGACUUCUUGCAAUUUUGGUGCAUUAUAAGCAAUUCUUGUUUAUGGCCAAGUAUAUGAUAACAAAGAAUACCCUAGAGCAGAUCAAGGGGACACCAACUGACCGGUAAAGCGGUCAAUAAUUCAUUAAACAACCUUGGCUAGCUAUUUCAGAUUUAUCUUGUUAACUCGUCGUUGAAAAUUUUGCUUGAAGUUUUGACCAACCGGAAACUUAGAAAUAUUUUAAUAUUCCUCAUAUAUAAUAUCAUGUAGGAAUAGUAAUCAUUCCUAACUGUUAAUUUUAUGGAAGUUUUUGUUUCUUAAUUACGAGGUUUAAUCUGAUGCCCAAUGUUUCAUGAUCAAUUGCUGAAAACUUUUGAAAGAGCAUGAGGUGUAAAGAGAAUGCAAGUGAGGUACAGCUUUCUUGGGAUUGUAUUGUACGUAGGAAUUGACUUAGAGGCCUCUGCUCCAUAUACUAAGAGCAAAGAGAUAAAGAACGUAAAAGUGAAGUGAAGUGCUGUGGAGUUUUUCAAGCCUGAUGUCGUCGGUUUCAAGAUCCUGUAUUGCUAGGAUAUUAUAUUGACAAGUCCUGGUCUCGGGGGACAUACCAUGCCACCCAAUUACGCCUUCAUCCAGUUCCUACCUAAAUCCAACAAAUGUCUUCCUUGAAUCUGGCAGGACACCUCUCUGGUGCAUGCUUGUUGGGGUUGAUCUUCUUGGUCUUUGCUUUUUUUUCGAUUGCUAUGCUCCCUGACUAAUUUCAAACUGAAUGUAGCUCUGCUUUGUCAAAUUUCUUCUUGCAAAUUUUUCAGUAUAGUACUCUUCUGGCCACCCGCUGGGAUUCAGUGACUGUUGGGUAUCUUCUCCAGUAGAGUUCAGGGUUGUAAACUUAUGAAGAACAUAGCAACAACAAUUUACCGCCUGCUCUCUUUGAAUAAGUCAUGUUUAGGCUUUAAGUUCCAACUGGAGAAGGCCUCGGUGGCCAGGCUUUCUCUCAAUAUGAAAUAGUCAGUCUCUGGCUAAUACAUUUCCAGGUGUAAAGGAUGAUCUGUCUCAGACUCUCAUGCAGGACAGUGUGGUCAUGUAAUGCCACCAAACUUUUAUUUUUGAAGUUUUGCCGCGGCAGUCAUCUCAAGUUCUUAGCCUGAAGUUAGCCAGCUUUUGUUAAGUUAAAAAUGACGUCUUGAAAACAAAAGACAACUUUAAGCACGGAAUACUUAACUGAUGUUAAACAAUAAAAACGCAAGCAAUGGAAAUUUUAGCUUUGAUCUAGUUAACUCUUACCUAGUUUGAUCUAUGCUUAAAAUUAAAGGGAUGUUCUUAAGUGGUUAAAGUAUGAUAGGUUAACUAAGGGAUGUUUCAUGGGGAUAUCAUGUUGGGUAUCAUGAAGGUUCGUUUAUUAGUUGUUCAGAAUUACAUUGCAAGUUCAAAGUUCAUUCACAUAAACCUUCUUCUUUCAUUAAUUCUUUCUUAAACAAAUAUAUUCUAUUUUAGUGCACUUCCACGACAACCCUUUUAUCGCAAAAUGUUCGAUUAGAGUUUCCAACAAAGGCUUGUUUGCAUAAAAAAAAUAUCGCCUGGUUUGAUGUUUCAACUUUACAUAAUGACCACUUGUCGGUCUGGCCGCAAGGGUGGUGGUACGGGUGGUGGUACGGGUUUGCUGUUCAGUCAGAGAAAGCAUUGAUGUGUCGAAAAUUGAUGCCGGUGAGAAAACCUCGUCAGAGUUCUCGGAAUGAAGCUUUAAUACCAACGCGUUUCGCGCUAGGUUGUCAAUUAUCUAUCGUCCACCCUACUCUAAUCUGCAUCCGGUGUCUCUGAAAACGUUUUUUGAUGACUUUGCUUCAUAGAUGGGGAGUAUCAUUCUAACACCAGAACCGCUUAUCAUUACGGGUGACUUUAAUAUCCAUGUUAAUAAUGCGAUCGAUUCUGAUGCUUUUGAAUUUUUGGAUUUGCUGGCGUCGCUUGGCCUAAAACAACAUGUCAUUGGUCCUACCCACGAGGGUGGCCAUACCCCGGACUUGAUGAUCACCAGGCAAUAUGAUCAGGUUACUAAAUCUUCCCGAUGAUUGAUUGGUUUAUUUCUGACCAUGCCGCAGUACUGUGUCAACUUGAUUCGGUGAAACCCUGUACAGGAGUUGAGGAAAUCAGUUACAGGCAGCUAAAAUCUAUUGACAUGGAUGCACUCAGAGCUGAUUUAACGACGUCUGAAUUGUGUACCAAUGUUUUUACGGAUUUGGAUAUGAUGGUCUCCUGCUACAACUCGACACUGUCGUCGUUACUUGAUAAAUGUUCCCCUCUGAGAACUAAGUCUGUUGCUAAUAGGAAGCGUGUGCCUUGGUUUAAGCACAAAAUUAAGGAUGCUAUUAAGGCUAGGCGGAGAGCUGAAAGGGAAAUGGCGCUAUUCUAAAUCUGCACAGGAUCUAAAUGUUUUCAAAAAGAAGAAAUACCAUGCAAUGUACUUGAUGAACCAAGCUCGCUGUGAUUAUUACACCAAUCAUAUCCAGCAAAACAGUUCUGAUCAGAGAAAACUGUUUAAAGUUACAAAGUCCCUGUUGUGUGACACCAAAACUGCAUCGUUUCCUCGUGUUGAAACUGUUUAGCUUGCCAAUGAUUUUGGAGAGAAUAUAAACGCGUCUUUGGCUAAUUUAUCUACAUCCUCCGUACCAUCUCUACCUGCUACUGACAUUACAUGCCUGAAAGAACAAUUUACCGGUUUUAGGACUCUCUCUCAAGAACAAGUGCGCAUGCUGAUUAGUAAAUCAGCGGGUAAAUCUUGUCAACUCGACCCCAUUCCCACUACGAUUGUUUUCAAGUUGCUGGAUGUUCUAUUGCCAGUUAUCACUAAGCUGAUCAACCUCUCUUUUGACGCCGGUCAAUUUGCUGAGGCCUGGAAAGAGGCGCUUGGGUUACCAUCUCUCAAGAAGCCUGGUUUGGACUUUGCGUUUAAAAAUUUCCGUCCAGUCAGUAACCUCUCUUAUAUUUCUAAAUUAUCAGAGAGGGCUGGGGCUGAGCAGUUUAUGGAGCAUCUGACUGCCAACAAUUUACAUUCUCAGCUUCAAUCGGCGUAUAAACAGCAACACAGCACGGAAACGGCCUUACUUAAAGUUAAGAAUGAUAGAUAAGAUGCCUAUGGAUGAGCAACAUGUCACCUUGCUCGUAUUAUUAGGUUUAAGUGCAGCUUUUGACAUGAUACAUCAUGAUAAGCUGAUUGGUCGUCUUGAGUCUGAUUUAGGAAUAACUGACAAUGCGCUUGCCUGGUUUAAAUCGUAUAUAUUUGACUUCUUCCAGCGUGUCUCUGUAAAUGGUAGUCUCUCUGAUCAGUUUCCUUUAAAACAAGGUGUUCCUCAAGGAUCUUAUUUGGGCCCCUUGCUUUUCACUAUCUACACGCGCAAACUGUUUCAGAUCGUUGAACGCCACCUCCCACAAGUUGACUGCUACGCGGACGUUACACAGUUGUAUGUACAUGUAUCAUUCAGCCCCAAUCGAUCUGCGGAUGCUGAUUUUGCCAUCAAGUCCAUGACUGACUGCAUCAGUGACAUUAGGAAUUGGAUGAUUUUAGAUAAUCUUAUGUUAAACGAUGAUAAAACAUAAUUUUUAAUUAUAGGUACUAGGCAGCAGCUGGCUAAGGUUAACAUCAAUUGCAUUAGGGUUAGGUCGACUGUUGUUUGUCCUGUAACAGUAGCUAGAAACCUAGGCUCAUGGUUUGAUGGGCAGCUCACUAUGUCAACUCAUAUUGGGAAGUUAUUUUGUGUUGCCUUUUACCAUUUGCAUAAUAUCAAACCAUUCGCAAGCAUUUGUCUCGAGAAUCAACGGAAAUGCUUUUCCAUGCAUUUAUUACAUCUCGUGUUGACUAUAGUGACAGUCUUUUGUAUGGGCUGCCCAACUACCAGCUUAACAAAUUGCAGAGAGUUUUGAAUGCCUCAGCCAGGCUAGUUUGUAAUGCCCCUAGGUUUUGCCACAUCUCACCCCUUCUUCGUAGUCUGCAUUGGCUUCCUGUUAAAGCCCGGAUACAAUUUAAGAUACUGCUUAUUACGUUCAAAGCAAUUCACGGCCUUGCUCCUAAAUAUCUAUGCGAUUUACUGACAUUUAAAUCGUCCUUAUAUAACCUUAGAUCUUCAGGUAGUAUUUUACUUUCUAUGCCAGCUGUUCGAUCGAAGACGAUAGGUGAUAGAGCUUUUAUGGUAGCAGCGCCAACGCUAUGGAACUCUCUUCCAAAAGAACUUUGCGCGAUUACUAAUGUGAACAGUUUUAAGGCGCAUAUUAAGACUUAUCCUUUUAGAACUUUCUAUUGGUGAGCAAUUUUAUAUUCAGUUCUUACCUGCAUGCACAUACAUUCUUUUUAUUGUUAUUAUUUUUUUUAAAUGCAUUGGUUUUUAUUUGUUUCUUGUAAAGUAAUACAGUUGCGCAGCUGAUCAUUCCAUGUUAAGCUGCGCACAAGAAAUAACCUCUACCCUUAUUUUGGUUGUUUUAGCUUAUUUCCCGUGUUUUCGAUCGAAUUUUCACCGUUGAUAGAUUUUUACUUGUACUUUAAAAUAUUUUUAUAAUAAUGGUAUAGAAUAUCUCCCAAUUCACAGGUACUGCAUAUUGGUUAAAGUAAACAACUAUUGUUCUAAAUUUUACAUUGAACUACGAAGUGCAUUUUUUGUUUACCUACUGAGUUUACCAUCACGUCCGUAGUUAAUUUAUGGAAAAGUAUUAGCCAAUCAUUUUCCGACAAGAAGCUUCACACCUCUGCAAAAUCGAUUACAAGUCAGGAUUUUCAAGAUGUACUUUCAGUACCAUCCUCUCUGUUAUUAUGAAAAGUUUGUGUAUGAGUAGAUAGGUACCUUGUAAUUGUUCUUCUUGUCUUGUAUUGGCCAGUUGACCUAAGCUUAACAGUGAAAACCUAGAUUGAAAAAAAAAAAUGACAGAGUGAUUAUCUCGAAGGUUUCAUACUAAUCAGUCUAUGUUAACAAAUCAGAGAAGACUUAAGUCAGCAUUAGUUUACAAUAGAUAGAUAUAGAUAGAUGAUAGGUAGAUAGGUAGAUAACCGACUAACUGCCCCUAGGUCUCCGAGGAUGGGACUGUUUCGACAUCGCAUAUAUAGAAGUAUUACUUGUUCUGUUCGUGGAAAGCUUUGGAAUAUUAAAAAGGCGCUGUCGUCUUAGGUUAUAGUGUGAGUUGUCGUAGUCUGGUGGAAGGAGCGCCUUCAAAUUAUCGUUUGGAUCACUGACAAUGUUAUCAAAAAGCCAGCUACAAUAAGCAGAUGGUUUCCUGGCUGAAAUAAAAAUUGGUGUAAUACGAAGUUACAAGAGAAUUGUAAGAACGUAAGAAUCUAAAGAGGUUCUACUCCUGUUGAAUAAAGCCUUAUAAAGAGUCAAGAACACAGUUUCAGUUGCCUUUGUUGAAAGGGUAAGCUAGUCCCUCCUCAAACGUCAUUUCAACUGAUAAGCUUUAAAUAAAGGGCGAAAUGCAAGUGUGCCUAAAUUAGAUUAUUCCUUCUCGAUCGCCAUCAUCAAUCGCCCUCUAAACCAGGUGCAUAGUUUUUCGUUAAGGGAAAUAGGCUUUACUUCAGUUCAGGGAGAGGAGGCUGCCUCAGUCCAUCUUUGGAUCUUACGUAACUUAGCUUGUAAAACAAGGAGCGGCUAUAGAAUAUCAGGCCACUCCUAAUAGCUUCAUGCACUGUUGUAAAACUGAUGUAACACUUUGUAAGAUAGGAAACGGAUCUAAUCCGGGAUUUUGCCGUCAGCAGCCGCAGUGGCCUAGCCAACAACAUCACGGCUUAACUGACAGACGACCAAUAACAUCGCGACUUACAGUGUGACGACUUCAACCUGGGCCACCUAAGAACUUUCGGUCAAUCAGAAACCGCUCCUUUAACAAAGAAUUGGGCGUGCGGAACUCAUCGGCAACUGUCCUAUUUUUCGAUUGGUUAGUUUCGAUCCUAAAUGUUUCAGAAUGGUAUGUCGUACACACUUACCCUUCUGUCUUGUGUGGCUGCUUUUUGUAAAAUAUACAAGCUGCAUAUAUGUUGGAGGACUGGCUAUACAUAUUGCUCGGUAAGGGGUAUAAAAGUGCCUUGUAUCCUUGGGGAAAAAAAGCUGUCUGGUUAUAGGCUGGUUACAAGACGUUGAUUAAAAAUCUCGCUCUGUUUUCUUUAUCGCUAAAUUGUAUCUUCUUAUUCCUGAAACUAGAAGUCAUCUUUCUAGAUCUGGUCCAGAAAAUUCAUUUGUAAAAAAAGGAACGUAUAAAGUCUUUCUUUAACAGAGACACUUGCGGUCAACAAAAAAAAAAUCAACGGCCGCGCUAGCGCUGGGCGCUAUUGUUGUCAAGAAGACAUGGAGUAAUCUCUUGCCGAACGGGAAUUCAAACCUUAUAAACCUAUCACGUAAUUGAAAGAUAGCUCUCAUAAUUGCUCCUAAACUUCUCACUUUCUGUUAAAAAGCGUUUUUUCUUGCAUCCCCGCGGAAAUGUCCAAGCAACAAGAGAACCAAAAAUGAACAAGGUGCUCGUUCGCGGGAUGGGAAAGCAUGCACGGUCAGUGCGGUAUUGCGUAAGUUUCUGUCCAAUUCUUUAGCUGCGCGGAAAUGAUUUCGACUUAGUUUACUUUCAAGAAGGCAACGUACAAGAAAACAAGAUUCUUUGGGGUGUGUUGGAUUGGGAAAUCCGAAUUUAAAAUUUAAAAUCCGGAUUUCGGAUCUGCAAUCGAACGCGAAAUCCGAAAACGGGUUUCAACGCCGCGAUAUCUGGUUUUGAAUUUUCAUUUUUACUACCGUUUGAUUGGGAAAUCCGAAAAAGGAUUUGAAAAACUGUCUUCUCGAUGAUUCUCACUCUACAAUCUUCAUGUCCGACUGUGAAAAUUCCUUUCUUCUUUUCAAGUCUUUUCAGGAACUGGUAAGAUUUUUUCUCCAGGUAGUUAGCAAAAAGUUGUACUGACUGGUAGUAUCCGUGGUCUCAUUUAAAAAUAGCCUUGCCGGGCUACGUCGUCGGACCACUUGUAAUGUCUGGACAUGCGUCUGCUGGGAAAUUUCCCAGUGAGUCAGGUUGCAGGUUGUAUAGGUGCACCUUGCUGGCUGGGAACUCUUCCAUCAGUCUUGCUGGGAGUGAGGAACAGUUAAGUUUUUCUCAGCAUUCUCCCAAAACGCUUAAAAUGGCUUCAGAAAGCUUUAUUCAUCCUUUAUUUCCGUUUUUAGGUCUUUUUCUCAACAUUUCCUCCUGGGUGCCCCUGACAGUUUUUAAUCCUUUUAUCAACUGAGUCAAUCUGAGAUAGGUUGGCUGCUGUUGGGGGUUUUUCGGGUGAUAGCUUUUCGUCAAAGCGAAUAACGGACCAUACACAAACUGCACUAAAUCCGCUGAUUUGCUCUAACACGGCCUGGACUAACGCUCGAAACGUUCCUCCCUUAGGUGGCAACACCACAGAAAAUCAAAAACAAUAUAAAACGAUAAAAAGAACAACAUAAAUACAACUCAACGGAUGACAACUGUUAUUUGAAAAAUGUCUGCAAGACUAAAGAUGUCUUUAUAUCUUGAAUUGGCGUCCAAAAACAGGCAAACUGAAGAUGGGAACUUACUGUAGCAUUGAUCGAGGUAAGCAUGUUUUUAAAAUAUGAAUACAGAAUAAUACAGAUCGAAGCGGGUGUUAUCUGCCUCAGUUUUCGACCUCGACCAGUAACACCUUCCGAGAUCAGCAUAUUGCCUCAGAUCAUACGAAUGCUCAAUCCAAUAAAUGAAUUGCUACUAGGAAUUAUUAUUCAUAUUUUGCCGUCUCUGAAUGGCUCCAAUCCUUCGACUUAUCCUUCAUAACCGACUUUCAUAUUUGGCCCGCGGAAGAUGCAAACAAUAUGCCAACGAUUCGUUGCUAAUUAUUUGCCUGGAAAUGGCCCUCCUUGGGCAAUAUAGCGAACUUAAAAAUAGCGUUCAUGGCUAUUGGCAGAGGAAUAGCUGAAUUUCUGACUCAAACUGAACGGAAGCAAUGCCAUACUAAGCAAAAGUCUACAAGCAAGUACUCCUACAAGAAAAAAAAUCUCCUUUUGUGUCAUCGGAAACCGUCCCCAGAAAUAGGCCAUUGUUUUGAAGAAAAUGUAUAGUCGGAGUCUACGAGGAAGUAAGCUCUUGUUAAGAACCUAGAAAUAUUUUGAACAAUCAGCCUCAUUUAAUGAUUGUUUUAAAUAUCUGUAUCACCAUCUAGACUGUUGUCACAGGCUAAAUAAUGCACUGAAUCAAUUACUCCCUCACGACGAUGGGGAUUCAGUUGGAUUCACCUGUACGUUUAGCCUGCGAAAACAUCCGUUUCUCCUCGCUCUUCGUCGCUGAGGACGUUUCGUGCGGAGGAACGUCUGCGACUCAGUGACAGAAAUUCCAUACUGAUGACGCAAAUCAAUGUUUACAUAAUAAAUCCGGUAGUCAUGGGGUUCCAAAUAUAAAUUUGUCUAAUUUUGCGUGUCUUCUGGUCGAUUUUGGUAAAGUGUUGUGUUGAUCUGCCCACGAGCUCCGGCAAAACUCAAAUGCUUCUUCUAGAGAAGACUAUAUUCCACAAAUAUUGACUGUUUUGUUAGAGAUUCUUCGUGUUUACAUUUGACCUUUUUGGCCUUUUGUCUUUUGUCUGUCAUUUGUGAACAAUAACUAAAACAAUGUAACUGCUCCGUCGACCAAUCAGCGCUUCUGGCCGGAUUCUGGACAGAUUUUACGUCAUCAGUAUGGAAUUUUUGUCGCUGAGUCGCAGACGUUCCUCCGCGCGAAACGUUCUCAGCAGCGAAGAGCGAGGAGAAACGGAUGUUUUCGCAGGCUACUGUACGUUCGGGAUGAAAAAAAAGGGUUUUCUUAAUUACGCAAACCGCAUGCAAAGGUAUUUCUUUCCAUUAAUAAAAUGCAACGCGACUUUUUUGAUGUGUUAUGACAACUGCACCAUGUAGUUGUCUAGCAAAAACAAUACCAACUGGGGAGUUAAUCGUGGGCGUCUCAGUUUUAUCAGUGGUAGAUAAGUAGUUGGGGGAUUUCCCAGCCGUCAGUUUCAUUUGUGGUUUAGAUUCUAGUUGCAUAUUAUCAGUUGAGUUGAUCUGCACAAGUUUUCUGUGCUCCAAAUGGUAACUGCUUCGUCGCUAUGCCUUACAACAACAUGCUUGAUCAGCGCUUCGGUAAGACGUAGUAUUAAGAGCGUCUAUCAUUUUUCUUGAGUCUAUAGAUAACCGCUUUUAGAAUCACAGUAUGGGAAAGUAAAUCUAUUCUGCAAAAACGCAAAUCAAGUCGGAUUGAAAAGGAGCAUCUCAAAUAAUGAUAAUGCUUGGUUUCAAUAUUUUUUCUUUGCAGCAACCAAUUCAUUUUCAAUUGAUCGCAAAGUGCAGCUUCGUUCUUACGGGUUUUACCGAAUGAUUUGAAUGUUAUUAUUGUAGGAGACGAAAAUAUGAUCAUGGUGUCGAACAAUUGUCGUUAUCGAAACAGUCUCUUAGAAAAAAAAAAAAAAUUAAAAGCAUUUAUUUUUCGUAAAUGUUAUUCCUUUUCGGUAACUCCAAUUUUUUCAGUAAUUAUAUGAUGUUUUUCCUUUUCCGCGAGGAAAACGAUCGAUUCAUCUAAUUUUUCAACUGAAAAAUCUGCUUUGAUGAGCAGAUUUCUCUGUAAAUGCUUUGGACUUGUUUGCUCCAGCUUGCAUUUACAAUAUUACUCAUAUUUCUCGUAGGCUGAAGGAGACACUUCUCCAGCAAGUGGACUUUCAGAACCUGUUUCCUUUUCUGAUCACAUGACAAAACUUAUUCCUAUCCUGUGAACUGAAUCAAAAGGAAAAUACUCUCUUUAUCAAACCACAUUUUUCUUUGCUUACUUUUGUUAUGAAACUGAAAAAAAAAAGACCAAAACACUUCCGCUUUGCAAUACAAAAAGUGUUUUCCUAAGAAACUAUUUAAGGUGGGAUUAUAUGCGAUAAUCUUUAGCGCGAAAUGUUCUUUAAGGGAAAGUUCAUUUAAUAUGACAAGGGGGGGGGGGGAUGAAGAUAUUAAGGGGGGCUCCGAAAAUUUUUAGACACCCGAGGGGGUUCUGAAAAAAAUUGUUGCGCUAGGGGGGGCUCCGAAAAUUUGUAUACUUCAAAACCAACACAUGACAUCAUCAUACAGAUCGGAUGGUUUUCAACUCAACAAUUUAAUGACCUGGGCAACUCAGCUAUAUCACGUGGUUUACAGAUAUAACAAAUGUAGUCUCAGUAAUUAUUACACUCUUGUUCAUCCCAAAAAUGCUUUAGAAAAUUGUAUCACAACUGUAUCUCAAGUUUGUCAUAGUAUAAACCAUUGAAGACAAUAACGGUAAAUAUAUUUAAUACAGUCUAGCGAUCUUUUUUCAGGGGAGCAAAGGAAUUGAAGGAGGAGGGGGGGGGCUCUGAAAUUUUUUCGACUACCAAGGAGGGGGCUCCUAAAAAAUUGAACUGCUAGCGAGGGGGGCUGCUAAAAUUUCAAGCUUCGAGUUUCAAUAUCUUCAUCCCCCCCCCCUUGUCAUAUUAAAUGAACUUUCCCUAACAUUGGAGGUCAGCCCUUGAAGAAAAAGAGAUGCUAAAAGCCUGUAGGAAGAAAGAAUUAUGUCUCUAGCUUAUAUUCUAGCCAUAUUCAUAGUAAAAUGAAAAAAAAAAAUUGUUUUCAUCCAAGGAACGGAAAUAUACUGAUUUUUAGCUCUUGCUAGUAUUCCAUUAUGGCUCUCGCUAGUAUAUAUAAAUUUUUGCCAUGAUCAACGAAAAUGUGAAAUUUGUUUUACCACAUACAGAUAUAUUUAUUUCAAGGCACCUUGGGAAGUUAAAAAGUUGGAAAAGAAAAGCACUGAAUGUUCAGUUUCCAUUCUACCUGGUUAGAAAUGUUUUUCAGUUUCUCACUAUGAAACCCAAUAAUUUUAAUCAAAAUCUAUUUAUACCAGAUUCCUAAUCGAGGGUAGUUUAAUUAUUGCCACUGGUUAUAAUAUUGACAGCCCAUUUCAAAUUGAUUGUCAAAUUGUAGGUCCGCCAACAGUAGUAACUGCAUCGGGUCUAAAUUAACUGCCCUUCAUCGACAGGAAGCUAAGGAUGCCAGGAUUCCAAAUAUCAAACACUGACAAGCAAAAAAUUGCAGAAAAAUACUUCUGCCUUUAUUGCCUGUUACUGUUAAGAGAUGCGAUGCAAACAAGCUGUGGUCAUUUCUAUUGCCAGUCCUGCUUGGAGAGACUUUUCACGUAAGUUUUUAGUACGAUAGAUUUAAAAUAAUUAAUUUGAAAAUUCUAACUGCUCGGUUGAAUCACUUACACCCAGCUGCAAAUCAGUAUACAAUUUAUAAUAUUUUCGUAAUGUGCGAAUUCCAGUAGAGCAGAUGGGAUACUACAUUUUUUCUUAGGGAUGUGAAUGAAAUGGUGAUGAUCUGUCUUCAAGACCAGCAACGCCUUCUGUCAAACGAGGUACGUAAUACUUGUUGCGAUACUUGUUACGAUGUAUUUUCCAUAUCAGACGCCAGCAUCCAACUCUAAAUAGAAAUAGAAAUAGGGGUUAUGAACCUCCCGCGAUUUUUAAUCAUUUUCUGUCUUAUGAGUAAUUCACCUGUCACUGAGUGUUUUUUGCUGAUGAAGACUGUGCGAUACAGUCGAAAACUACAAGACUACAAAAAUUUGAUGCUUUUAGACUAGAAUUUAUUUUUUCGAGUUUGAUAACCAAGGUCAAGAGGAGAAUUCGUGUAGAUUUUCUAGGUUAUUUGAGGCAUCGCGUAUAAUGCACGGUUACAUCCGGGAAUUUAACAGGCUAAAGCCGUAUUCGAGCCACGAUUUGGUCUUUAAAAUAUGGCGGAAUAAUAAGACUGAAGCGACUUUGAGAGUUUUUGUCUCUGAUUGUGAGUUACUCAUAACCAAAUCUCAAUGGGUACCACCGGAAUAUUAAUAUCAAAAAACGUCAAAUCCAAGAUCUUACCUUCGAUUAAUGCCAGCUUAUCGGAUUUCACUGAGUUUUUCGCGCUAAAAACCAACCAAAAAAUCGCCAUUUUUGUAUGGAUUUUCACUUGCGUAGACUUUCAGAUUACAACA